GCACCGAAACCGGAGGGGUUUUCUUUGGUUCGAGGGUUUUCUUCUCAACAUCGGGGAUUUGUAAGAGUUGUGGCGGGAGCUUAAUCUUGGUAGAAGCAUGAGAUUAUGGGGUUUUGGGGAUUUUUGUUAGAAAGGAUUUUCUUUGGCUGCAAAGUUGCUGCCACUCCAAAUCUCCCACUUGAUUUGGAGCGCCUGACUUGACUUCAAUGCAAAGCAUAGAAUAGUCCGUGGGGAAAAAGAGCAGUUGACUCCAACGCAACGGAAGGUGAAAACGAAUCCAAAAGCCACCAAGACCCAAGUUACAAAUAUGGUACAGACCUUCUCACAAUCACCAUUUCUGUUCUCCACCACGACCAAUUGGCAAAGAAAUAAUUAACUCUUUUCCAAAAAAGAAACGAUGAUUGAAUUUGCCUUUACCAUAGCUGAAAAAGUGUUGAAGAAGUUGGGAGGCUUGGUUUACGAUGAGAUUUCAUCGGCACGGGGUAUGGAAAAGGAGCUAGACAAGCUCAAGGACAGCAUAACCCUUGUUAAAGCUGUGCUCAUGGACGCCGAGAAGAAACAGUCAACGACACAAGGACUAAGGGUCUGGCUGGAGCUACUCAAGAAUGUCUUUUAUGAUGCAGAAGAUAUUCUAAAUGACUUCGAGGUUGAAGACUUGAGGAGGCAAGUAGUUAGCCGUGGUGACAUCUUGAGAAAGGUACAUCGAUUUUGUUCGCGUUCUAAUCCACUUAUAUUCCGCACCAAUAUGAGUCACAAACUAAAGAAACUAAAUGAAAGAUUAGAUGGGAUUGUGCGUAAGAAGAUUGAUUUUCAACUCGUUGAGGGUCCUGUUAACAAUUAUAGGCCUCUCUUCCAAGAAGAGAAGGAGAAGCACUCCUUUGUACGAGCUUCUAAUAUCAUUGGAAGAGAUGAAGAUAAGGAAAAGAUUAUUGAACUUCUACUGCACCCCAAUACUGACAGAAAUAUUAAUGUCAUUCCUAUAGUUGGAAUUGGAGGUUUGGGGAAGACAACACUUGCUAAAUUGGUUUAUAAUGAUGAAAGGAUAAUCAGGCAUUUUGAGUUGAAAAUGUGGGUCUACGUUUCAAAAGAUUUUGGUGAAAGAAAAUUGAUGGAAAAUACAGUUAAAACUGCAACCGGUGAUGGUCAAGACUAUGGCAACUUUACAAUGGACCAACUUCAAAUAGGCUUGCGAGAUGCGAUAAAAGAUAAGAAAAUUUUGCUUGUCUUAGAUGACGUAUGGAACGAGGACCGCAAGAAAUGGGAGGAACUGAAAGAUUUGUUAAUGGUGGGUGCCAGUGGAAGUAUGAUCAUGGUGACCACACGCAGUCAUCUAGUUGCUUCAAUCAUGUGCACCACGCCCACAUACAACUUGUUGGGUCUUCGUCAUGACGAGUGUUUAUCAUUGUUUGUUAGGUAUGCAUUCAUGGAAGGACAAGAGAGACAAUAUCCAAACUUGGUAAAAAUUGGAGAUGACAUUGUCAGAAAGUGUGGAGGUGUUCCAUUAGCUGUGAUGACUCUAGCAGGCCAACUCUUUUUAAAUACUAGGGAAAGGGAUUGGAAUGUUAUAAAAGACAGCGGGAUAUGGGAAAUUGAAGAAAAGGAAACUGAAAGUGGUAUUCUACCUGCUUUAAGAGUGAGUUAUGAACAAUUGCCUUCUCCCUUGAAAAGAUGCUUUGCUUAUUGUUCCAUUUUUCCAAAAGAUUACGAGUUCAAUGAUUUUGAGGUGGUCCAGUUUUGGAUGGCGCUUGGGCUGAUAGUACCCAUGAAUGAAAGACAAGAGUUGGAAGAUGUUGGCUUCCGUUAUUUGGAGAAGCUAGGACAUGGAUUUUUCGUGCAAGACUUCAGAGAUCAUUAUGGAGUAGUUCGAUUCAGAAUGCAUGAUGUAAUGCACGAACUUGCAUUAUCAGUGUCAAAAGACGAGUGCUCAGUUGUAACUGCCAAUAGACAAAAAAUUGCCAAAAACGUCCGGCAUUUGUCAUUUCCUGAUCCCGACUCACUUCCCCAGGAUCUUCCUACGAUCUUACAAGAUUUGGACAGGGUUCGGACUGUUUGCUUUCAAAGUGCCAAGGAGGGACCUAGUUGCAAGUCAGUCAUUGAAACAUGUUUGUCAAGAUUUCAGUACUUGCGAGUAUUGAAUUUGUCCAGGUCCCAAUUUGAUCAACUGCCCAAAGGAAUUGGCAACUUCAAGCAUUUGAGAUAUCUUGAUUUAUCAUGGAAUCAUAAGAUCAGAAAACUCCCCAGUUCUAUUUACAAAUUACAGAAUCUGCAAACUCUAAUACUUGCUGGAUGUGACGAAAUUGAAAAGUUACCCAGAAAUCUAAGAUACAUGGUGAGCCUCAGAUUUCUAUGCAUAACCACAAGGCAAAAAAGCUUGCCAAAAGGUGAAAUAGGGUGCUUGAAGUCACUUCGGGUUCUAUGGAUCUAUUCAUGUGAAAAUGUAGAACACUUAUUUGAAGAUAUGCAGGCCCUGACAAACCUUCGGACACUCUAUAUUUGUACAUGUCAAAGCUUGGUCUCUUUGCCACCAUGUAUUAAACAACUUACUGCAUUAGAGAUCCUUCUUAUUAGUGGUUGUGAAAGUCUUAAUCUGGCAAGGGUGGGAGGGCAAGAUGAUCAAAAUUCUAGUCAAUUUAGCCUUAGAAAACUGGUGAUAUCGUUUGUAACGGAAAUGGUGGAAUUACCACAAUGGCUUCUUGGAAAAUCUGCUGAUACUUUGGAGUACCUGAGGGUUGAAUUCUGUCCUGGCCUCACCGAAUUGCCAGAGUACCUGAAGAAUUUUAAGUCACUUGAACAACUUUGGAUUUUAGGUUGUCCUCUUCUGGAUGAAAGAUGCAAACUAGAGACCGGUGAAGAUUGGCCCAAGAUUGCUCAUAUCCCUAAUGUUAACAUUGAUAGUGUUGACAUUAGAUCAACGGAUGUUUAGUUAGCAGGACACAGUUGUUUUGAGUUUCAGAAUAACACUAACCCAGAGGCGAAGAAUGCAUGGUAAUAUGCUUUUAUAUAUGGGGUUUCAGCUGAUGUUCGCACCCACUGAAAUUCUCAAUUUGGUUAAAGUUCGGAUUCUCACAGUUCUUACUUCGUUGGUGCCCUGUAUUGCAAAUGUGACAGUCAUAUUCUGGUUUGUACUAAUAAAUUUGAAGAAUGUUUGGUGUAUGUGAUUGUAAUUUAAUGCUUGGCUCACAUACUUUCUUAAGCAAACAGAGCAUAAGACAUUACCUCAAGUUUAUAAUUUCUGUAUUUUAAAUAAACGUCACUAUUUUGUUUACCACUGCUUAAUUGGCAGUAAAAUCAGUCAAAUCCUUUUAUGUGGAUGGAAGUGUAGAAUCAUUAAUAAAUUGGAUUGACUUGUCCAAGGAAUUGUGGACAAAAAAAGGUGGUCUGAAA